UCAUUUUUUCUGCUGACAGGCGGCUACUGUACUGUCCUGACAUUUGGGGGGGUUUGUACCGUCCUGACAUUUGGGGAUAUCUGUACCGUCCUGACAUUUGGGGGAUAUCUGUACUGUCCUGACAUUUGGGGAUAUCUGUACUGUCCUGACAUUUGGGGGAUAUCUCUACUGUCCUGACAUUUGGGGGAUAUCUGUACCGUCCUGACAUUUGGGGGAUAUCUGUACCGUCCUGACAUUUGGGGGAUAUCUGUACUGUCCUGACAUUGGGGGGAUAUCUGUACUGUCCUGACAUUUGGAGGAUAUCUGUACUGUUCUGACAUUUGGGGGAUAUCUGUACUGUCCUGACAUUUGGGGGAUAUCUGUACUGUCCUGACAUUUGGGGGAUAUCUGUAUCGUCCUGAAAUUUGGGGGAUAUCUGU